AUGGAGUGCACUGUUAUAGCAGAAGUGAAAUCUCACGGCACCUUUGAAAAAGAGACGUGGGCAUUUAGACUUUUAGCAAUUUACCAUCUCGCCAAACCUUCAACACAGAUCUUUAAUUUCGCGUAUAUUUUGCUAACAAUUUCGACAAUUUUGGCGGAAGAUAGCUAUAGACGGAGUACUAAACCAUCAAAAAAUAUUGCUAAUGAAUUUUCCAACAAAAGUAUUGCAAAGACAGUUGAGUCGGAUAUUGAAUCGGAGAGAUUGUCACCGAAAUUAAGAAAAAUACCUCAAAUAUUACAAUCGGAAUCAAACGAUCAAAACGGGUCGAGGGGUAGAAAGUCGGGUAAACGCAACACUCGGGCGGACAAUAGGGCUGCGGCCGAGUCCUACCGAAGGGGCGGUCCAUUCCUCGGCUCCGAUGAGGUGCCCGACAACGAAGAGGAGACGUUUGAAGAGUUGGAAAAUGAUUUUAGAGUAGAUGAUAUGGGAAACGAUGUGCGCGACCACGAGCUAUAUCACGGACAGCCCCGACGGCAUCGCAAACGCAAACAUAAACACAAACGCCGACGAUAUCAAGAGCCGCCCCGAUAUCCACCUAUAGAUCGGGACACUCUCUACGAAGUGGGUCUUCUCAUUUAUACCAGGGAUUUUCAACAGGAUAUGAUUAUAUAA